AGUAAUUAAUAUAAUAGCAAUGAUAUAUAAUUUCUAAGAAUAUAAUUGUAAAUUAACUUAUUGUUUUACACUUAUCAAAAAAAUGUAUACGGAUACUUUGCGUAUCCUUAAUUGUAAUCCCAAUUAUCAGUAAUCAUUGUUAAACAUAAACAGUCUAGUUAGAUAUAAAGCGUAUAUAAGCUCGGUUAUUUAAUUCAUUGUCAGUAUUGUGUGAUCGUUGAAAAAUAAUAACACAAUUAAUAUCAUAACUGUGCAAACAUUUUAACAAAAAUGUCUAAACUAUUAUUACUUUCGCUACUAUUGGUGUCCAUCGCUAUUGUUUUGGCCAACACUCCUGAACAAGAUAAAUUAUGCGCUGAGGUUGGAUUUUGCCCCCACGAGACUGAUCCGCAUAAAUACUACCAAUGUCAAUUUAUACCGGACAGCAGCACAUGGUAUUUGGCCGAAAUGCACUGUCAGGCUAGCCUUGUUUGGAGUCAGCAACACUUGUAUUGCGAUUGGAAAGCACAAUAGUUUAUAGAGAUGUUUAUAACAAUUUGAUCACUCCAAUGUUAAUGCGAUUUUUUUGUAAGAUUAUUAAUCAUGACCAAACAAUAAAAAAAAUAUAGCAAG